CCAUUAGACCCGUAAAGAAAGUUAGCUUCCCAGCGUCGCCUUGGGUUUUAUGUGCUUUAAGCCAGGUACAGUUUUCGGUUCUGUGAUUUUAAGUCUUUUAGGGUUUUUUUUGUAUUAUCUAGGAAUUCAAAGUGAAGUUAUAUUUAGGUUCAGUUCGUAUAUAAAGUAGAAGGAACAGCCGGGAAAGGCUUGCUGGGAAAGCUAGCCAAACCCUCUGUAGUUCAGAAGCUCUGCUGCAUAUCAGUGUCCGGAAGUUCUGCGAGGGGGGAAAGGGGAAAAAGGCAUGAAAAAAGGGAGCUUGAAGAAACAUUAGAGAAAGUAUCUCCGUGCCUACGCGGUGUGUGCUGAGUUAUCGAUGGGUCUCCCGACGUUGGAGUUCAGUGAUUCCUUGUUGGAUAGUCCGGAGUUCAGAGAGCGGCUGCAGUGCCAUGAAAUCGAACUGGAGAGAACUAACAGAUUUAUAAAAGACCUGAUCAAAGAUGGAAACAUGCUCAUAUCUGCCCUCAGAGGACUUUCUCUGGCCGUGCAGCGGUUCUCGCAGUCUCUGCAGGAGUUCCAGUUUGAAUGCAUCGGAGACGCUGAGACUGAUGAUGAGAUCAAUAUAGCUCAGUCCUUAAAGGAGUUCUCUCAGCUCUUAAGCACCAUGGAAGAGGAGAGAAAACGACUGAUCCAGAAUGCGGAUGACGUCUUGAUCUCACCCCUUGAGAGGUUUCGGAAAGAGCAAAUCGGAGCUGUUAAGGAGGAGAAGAAGCAGUUUGAUAAGGAGACAGAGCGGUAUUACUCUGUGCUAGAAAAGUAUCUCAGUGUGUCCUCCAGGAAGAAGGAUUCCCAGCUACAAGAGGCUGACUCACAGAUGGACAAAGACAGGCAGAUCUUUUACGAUGCAUCUCUGCAGUAUGUUUUCAAGAUCCAAGAAGUGCAGGAAAGAAAGAAGUUUGAGUUUGUGGAGCCAUUAUUAGCCUUCCUGCAGGGGUUGUUUACAUUCUACCAUGAGGGCUAUGAGCUGGCCAAUGAGUUUGAACCCUACAAGCAGCAGCUCCAGUUUAAUCUGCAAAAUGCUCGCAACAACUUUGAAAGUACUCGUGUUGAAGUUGAGAGGCUAAUGAAAAGGAUAAGGUCUGCUGAGGAUGACUUCAAAGCCCCCAGCUGCUUCACCAUGGAGGGAUUUCUCUACAUACAAGAAAAACGUCCAUUGGGAAGCGUGUGGACCCGAUACUACUGUACCUACGAGAGGAGCUCAAAGAUGUUCUCCAUGAGCAACACAGAGACCCGGCCAGCCAGUAGACAGAAUGGCGUGGUGACUGGGGCCCCAGACAUGUUCAGGCUGCGUUCAUGUGUCCGAAGGAAGACCGAAUCCAUCGACAAACGCUUCUGCUUUGACAUCGAGGUGGUGGAGAGACAUGGCGUCAUUACUCUGCAAGCCCUGUCAGAGGCCAACAGACGGCUCUGGAUGGAGGCAAUGGAUGGAAAAGAGCCUAUUUAUACUCUUCCCUCUCUGCUCAGUAAAAAAGAAGAGACAUUUCUCAACGAAGCAGGAUUCAACUUUGUUAAGAAGUGUGUUGAGCUGGUUGAAUCAAGAGGCCUUACAACUCUUGGACUGUACAGGACGGGUGGAGUAAACUCCAAAGUGCAGCGGUUGAUGGCCAGUGCAUUUGCUUCUACUGCAUCUUCGGAUAUACAGCUGGAUGCAGAAACUUGGGACAACAAGACAAUAACCAGUGGCCUGAAAGAUUAUUUCCGGUGUUUGGCAGAACCGUUACUGACCUAUAGGCUGCAUAAAGAAUUCAUCAGGGCUGCAAAGUACGACGACCAGACGUACAGAGUGAGAGCCAUUCAUGCUCUCGUACACAAACUGCCGGAAAAAAACAAAACCAUGUUGGACAUCUUAACCAAUCACCUUCACAAGGUGUCCUCCCACAGCGAUCAGAACAUGAUGACCGUGUCUAACCUUGGGAUGAUCUUUGGCCCCACGCUGAUGAGGUCACAGGAGGAGACGGUGGCGGCCAUGAUGAACAUCAAGUUUCAGAACAUUGUGGUGGAGAUCAUCAUUGAAAAGCACGACAAAAUUUUUGGUGAGACUCCGGACCUGUCGGUGCCGCUGCCUCAGGCUCCGACCUCUCGGUCGACUCCGAGGAGGAGCAAGGCCAUCUGCCUGUCAUCUGGAAAGAGAAAAGCCCUUCGGUACACUCCGGCUCUCUGCCUGGCAGACAAUGACAGUGAUACAUUCAGCAGCAGCCCUGAUACAACUCCGAUGGGCAGCCAGGAGUCGUUGUCCUCCCACUCCUCUGAAAAGAAUGGGUUGUCUCAGACCUCAACUCCUUCUUCUCCCACCGCUGAGCCCGGCUCACCAUCCGCAGCGCAGUUUUCUCCUCCUUCGGCUUCCUCCAGCUCACCACCAAACAAUUCCCCCAAUGGAAAAGAUCAGAAAGAGCCACCAGACGGCGGCCCCUCCCCCCACCUCACGCCUUCCUCUUCCUGGACCUCCGCUCCACUCUCCUUAGCCGAGCAGACUUCCUCUGUGUCCUCCUCCACAUCCUCUUUGCUCUCCGCAGUGGAGAGGUCUUUCAACAGAAACUCAACCGCUUCUUUGUCUUCUACCAAAGACCCCGGAUCUGCGUCCACAACGUCAGUCCAGCCCUCAUUAGGGGACCGUUCCUCUUCUGUCAGGGAGGGUAGACCUCUUCAGAAAGCAGCCUCCAUCUCCUCCCUGAAGAGCACUCGUUCAGCAGAGCAAAGAAACUCCUCCUGUGCUACAGUCACAGAAGUCAGAGGAACCAACUGUACCUCUCCUCCUAUACAUAGCACUGCCUCCUCCUCCUCUUCUUCCUCCUCUUCUCUAUUUCCCUACCGGCUUUCCACCUCAUCCUCGCUCACAUCCCUUCACAUUUCAGAAGAUUACAAAAGCUGCCAUGGAUCAGUGCAGAGCCUCGUGUCGCUGGACCGACAGGAGAGAUUAAAAACGCGUAAAGGACACAACCGCUGCGGCUCCGACCUCACCCCAAAGCACUCUGCAGCCGCAUCCAGCAACGGCUACUCCAGGCCUGCCUCAUUGUUAUCAACCAGGAAGCCUCAGCGUGAGAGUUCAGUGUUCUCCUCAGCGUUAGACAUUUGUCCCUCAGGAAGGGAAGCAAAAGCGAUGUACUCCUGUGAGGCAGAGCACAGCCAUGAAUUAAGUUUUCCACAGGGGGCGCUGUUCACAAAUGUGGGUCCAUCUGUGGAACCAGGUUGGCUGCAGGCGACAUAUAAGGGCAGAACCGGCCUCAUACCCGAAAAUUACAUCCAAUAUAUCUGA